AAGGAGACCUCGAAGCAGGUGGCAACAAAGCCAGAAGAGAAGAAGCUUACUUUAUGGGAGAAGGUGAAGCACGAGGCACACCAUUACUGGGAUGGAACCAAACUUCUUGGUGCUGAAGUUCGAAUCUCCUCAAAAUUGGCGUUGAAGAUGGCUGCUGGACACGAACUUUCCCGCCGUGAGCGCAGACAGCUGCAGCGUACAACGGUAGAUCUGGUCCGUAUUGUGCCAUUUGCAAUGUUCGUCAUCGUCCCCUUCGCCGAACUCCUUCUUCCAGUUGCUUUGAAGCUUUUCCCCAACAUGCUUCCUAGUACCUAUGAAGGUCAAACCGCCAAGGAAGCUAAGACGGCUAAGCUUCGGGAAACUCGCAAGGCUGUGUCCGAGUUCCUUCGUGCCACAAUCCGCGAGACUGGUCUUCCUCUGAGUAAGUCUACUAAGCAGUCCGAGGAGUUCAAGGACUUCUUCCGCAAGGUCCGCACAAGUGGUGAAACCCCAAGCCAAGACGACAUGAUCAAGGUCUGUCAGAUCUUCAAGGAUGAUUUGACACUCGACAACUUGUCCCGACCUCAGCUCGUGGCCAUGUGCCGUUACCUCAACUUGCACACUUUUGGUACGGAUAACAUGCUCCGAUACAACAUCCGUCACCGCAUGCGCGAGAUCAAGCGUGAUGACAAGGCUAUCUCUUUCGAGGGUGUCGAGUCUCUCUCUGUUCCUGAGCUCCAGACCGCCUGUGCAGCGAGAGGUAUCCGCACCUACGCAACCUCCCCCGCCCGUCUCCGCGACGAGCUCACCCAAUGGCUCGAUCUCCGUCUCCAGCACGGUGUUCCCUCUACCCUCUUGGUUCUUUCCAGUGCUUUCUCCUACAACCGCGAUGAGCCGGACAGUGCGUACCAGGCUCUGUAUGCUACAUUGAGCAGUUUGCCUGAUGAGUUGUUCCACGAGGCGGAGUUGUUCGUUGAUACCGCUGAGGGUGCUGCUACCAACAAGCAGCGUCUUGAGGUCCUUCAUGAGCAGGAAGAAUUGAUCGAGGAGGAGAACGAGCAGGACGAGAAGAGUGGACCCAAGGAGCCUCUUAAGGUAUUCAAACUACUCUAA